CCUAGGUGGACAUUUAUUAUUAGGACAGCAAGCGGUCCCGCUGAGAAGUGAUUGCUUUGCGCGCAUAAACCUCGACCACCUCAGCAAAAUGGCGCCGAAACAGCGACCGCCUACCUUGACCCAGUAUGCGCUGGGUCAGAGUCUAGAGAUAUUCCGCAACCUACUUUUGGUCCUCUUCCUGCUGCGCAUCACCCGGACGACUUUCGUGCAGCUGCGCGGUUACGGCUUCAUCGGUUCCCUCAAACAAGCCUACAAGGAGACCUACCGCCGAGGAUAUGCUACCUUCUUGUCACUCCCAUUCGUACAAGCCAAAGUUCGUGCCGAAGUCAAGAAGGCCGUCACAGAUCUUGAAAAGAAGCUAGUGCCGUCAGGACCCGGCGUAACGAAUUUCACCUCGAUACCUGCGACGGGAUGGACGGUGGAGCAGGUUCGCGCGGAGCUGGAGAAGUUGUCGGCUAUGGAGCACACAAGAUGGGAGGACGGACGGGUCAGCGGCGCAGUCUACCACGGCGGAGAUGACCUUGGUGAUUUGCAAAGCGAAGCGUUCAAGCGAUUCGGCGUGAGCAACCCCAUCCACCCCGAUGUCUUCCCAGGCGUACGAAAGAUGGAGGCCGAGGUGGUGGCCAUGACUUUGGGACUGUUCAAUGCUCCAGAGAGUGGAGCUGGUGUCACCACUAGCGGUGGUUCGGAGAGCAUUCUUAUGGCCGUACUUUCGGCGCGCAACAAGGCAUACAAGGAGCGCGGCGUGCGUGAGCCGGAGAUGAUUCUCCCAGAGACUGCUCACACCGCCUUCCGCAAGGCUGGGGAGUACUUCAAGAUCCGCAUUCAUCUUGUGCCCACUCCUGAGCCAAGCUACCGCGUCCACAUCCCCUCAGUAAGCCGCCUGAUUAACUCUAACACGAUCCUCCUGGUCGGUUCAGCACCCAACUUUCCACAUGGAAUCGUCGACGACAUCCCUGCGCUUUCACGACUCGCAUCUAAGCACAAGCUCCCACUGCACGUCGACUGUUGUCUCGGAUCCUUCAUCAUUCCCUUCCUCGCCAAAGCUGGGUUCCCCACCCCGGAGUUUGACUUCCGUGUACCUGGCGUGACAUCGAUCAGUGUCGACACGCACAAGUACGGCUUCGCACCGAAGGGAAACAGCGUGGUUCUCUACAGAAAUGCCGAGCUGCGCAAGUACCAAUACUACGUCUGCCCCGACUGGUCCGGCGGUGUCUACGCCUCACCGAACAUGGCAGGCUCACGACCCGGCGCGCUCAUCGCCGGCUGCUGGGCGUCGCUCAUGAAAAUGGGCGAGGACGGUUACCUCGACACCUGCCUCAAGAUCGUCGGAGCCACCAAGCAGAUCGAGGAGGCGAUCCGGAGCUCCGACAAGCUGCGCCACAGCAUCACUGUCAUCGGCAAACCCAUGGUCUCCGUGGUGGCCUUCCGCGCAGUACAGAAGCCCAAGAAGCAAGAUUACGCCGUGGACAUCUACGAGAUGGCAGAUGCCAUGUCCGCCAAGGGCUGGCAUCUGAACGCGUUGCAGGACCCGCCGGCGAUUCACGUCGCCGUCACCCUGCCGAUCGUCAACGCGGUGGAUGCGUUGAUCAAGGACCUCGAAGAGGUGGUGUUGACUGUUAGAGGGCACGUCUCCUCUAAGAAGGGAGAUACUGCGGCGCUGUACGGUGUGGCAGGCAGUAUUCCUGACAAGAGUAUCGUGCGGGACCUUGCGAGCGGUUUCCUGGACACGUUAUACAAGGUCUGAUUCAGGUUGUCGUGGCAAAAUUCAAAGCGUUCAUGUAGAUUUUGAAAUUUUAUUCUGUCCUCACCUUCUACCAUAACUGCAGAGCUUCUUCGCAAUUUGUACC